GUCCUGGCGUGGCGCGCCAGCUAGCUGCGAAGCCGCCGGCCGCUCCCGAAGUGCUGCUGCAGCUUCAACGAGACCCGGGGCCAACUCCAUUCGGCAGCGGCAUGCCUCAUUCUACGUGCGACGGCACGCCGCAGGGGCCAGGACGGGGUAGUGUUAGGAGAUGAAUUUCCUCAAAAAGAAGAUCAAGGGCCACAAGCGAGGAGGCCCCGAGAGUGACGAGGUUGAAGCUGCCAUCUAUGCCAAGCAGCUAGCCGAGGGCCAGCAGCCACCAGAAGGUGCCGCCAAGGAGCACACCGGCGAGGAGUGGCGCUUCUUUGAGCAGCUGACGCAGCGCGUACAGGACACUGUGCAAAAGACCCAAACCACCCUAAGCAAGAUAAAAGAGAGCUCUGCCAUCACUGAACUCACCCGGCCUGACUACUACCUUGAAACUGCUGCCGCACCUCCCGAUCCUGUCAGCCCAGCCAGAUCGUGGGUGAACUUCGAGGAAAGCGAGGGUGCAGAAGCAGCGGGGCCCUCAGAGCCGGCUAAGGAACCGGUUGGAGGUUCGGUGAAGGACCUUGUGAGCGAGCCAUCUGGUGAGCUCAUUAGCGAAUCAGUCGGUUCCCCACCGGAAGCUCAGCCGGCCGCUGACGAAGACCAGGCCAGGAAGCUCCUCGAAGAGUUUGGCUUUGGCAUCGAGGAGCCGCCUCCACCGCCGCCUUCAAACGCACCUCACCUCGACCUACUCAGUGGUUUUGGUGUUGAGGAACCGCAGCCCUCAGAAGCCCUUCACGUAGACGUCAGUGACCCCUUUGACACGUCAUUUGUUGACACACUCACAACAAGCACCGAACCUGACCCCUUUGAUACUUCAUUUGUGGAUCGUUGCGUUGCUGCCAAGGAGGCGCCACCGCCACCUGUUGAGGCUGACGGCAGUGAAGCCAGCCCAGAGAUGAGCAACCCGUUUCUCACUGACGUGUCUGCAACGACUGGUGAAACUCUCUUCAGUACUGGUGACACUAGUGAUGUUGCACCCGAUGUUCCGAACUUUUUUUCAGGUUCGCGCAGGUCGAGCACAAACCCUUUUGACAACCUCGAGGAAGACUUGGCGUUCUUUCAGGCCACCCUUGUAGGUGCAGAAGAAGCGAGCGCUGCGCAGAGUGAGGCGAGUAACCUUUUGCAGGACAUUGCAGCAACGUUUCCAUGCGAGUCCGAGGACACUGUGCACCAGCCACCAAGUAGCGAUCCCUUUAAGUGCAGCGGACUGAGCAGCAGCAGCAGCCCGCGACUAACCUGUUUGCGGGUGAGCCGUGAAACGGCAGCAGCGGUGCCGGAUGCCUUCCAGGUUGCUUUUGGCAAGGCAAGCUUUGACCGAGGCCUCUCACCCGACAAGUGUGAACUGUCGGGAGUCGCCUUUGACGACACGUCUCCGGAGGAAGCUGGAGGUUCGCCUGUGGAGCCUGUUGGCUCAUUUGAUCCUUUUUCAGACCUCAGCCGAGAGAGCCAGGAGCCCAUUCCAGCAGCUCUGGCCAGCAUCACACCACAGAGGGAGAAUGUGAGCCCGUUCGACAUUGGGCCCAGUGACAAACGGGAACCACCUGCUGCAAUCAAUAGCAAGUCUGAGCUGUUUGCAGACUUUGCUACCAAUGAAGUGCCACCUACAUCUUCGGAGUGCGAUUUCUUUGGCAAAGAUUCAGGUGCUACUUCAUCUGUGAUAGCCUCUGACGACCCGUUUCAUUCAGGCAAUGUUGCUUCUCCGCCUGCGCCAUUGAGUGAUGAUCCAUUCAGUUCAAGCAGAGUGGCUGCUCCGCCUAAGACGACCAGUAACGACAUCUUCGCAACAAGCAGUUUAAGUGGUUCGGUUGCGACUGGCAGUGACCCAUUUCACACGACUGACGUCACUGCUACUACAUCCGUAGUGAGUGACGGUCAUGACCUCUUCGACACAAGUGAUGCCGCUGACCCUGCUACGACUGUCGCUAAUGCCUCCUUCAGCAAUGACUCCUUUGGCGCUUCUGCCAUGCCAGCGAGCGACGAUCCUUUCCAGACGAGUAGCACUGCCGCUCCGGCCACGGCAAGUGGCAACAGCUUGUUUGACACAAACGACAUUCUGGCUGCGGUUGGAAUGGCAAGCGAUGAUCCCUUCAGUGCAAGCAACGUUGCUGCCGCGGCUCCACCUGGUGCUGACCCUUUCGACACGAGCAACAUCCAGCUUGAGCCUGCACAGAAUGCUGUCCCUUUCACAGACACGACCGCCUUUGAAGCAUUCGCGGCAAAAUUUGAGCAGGCCAUCGAAAAAUUUGAGGACACCACCCUGGCUCCCGCAUUUGAGGAACUUGACCAACAAUCGUUGCAGGAGGACGGUGAUGAUGCAGGCUUCGGUAGCAUGGACAUUUUUGAUCCCUUUGCACCCAAAGUGCCACCGCAGCCCAAGGCAUCGCCGAAGGCUCCUGUCAAAGAAGUCUCGCAAGAUUCGUUUGAUGACGAUGACGUGGGACCCGACCUGUCUGUUGUCAUCCGACCGAAAAUGCGGGAGGUCACUGCGCCGGAUCUGGCCAGCCUCGAGCCACCGCCCAAGCUGCAGCCGCCGCCGAAGUCGCCCGUGCGGUCUCGGUUCAACCCGUUCGACAGGGGUGCAGCUAUUCGGGACGAGCCGGUGGUCGACGAGGUGGGACCCACGCCAGCAUUGGGGGAUGCCGCGGCCAUGCAGCGCGAAUCGGCAGAGAGUCCGUCGACACCACUCUUCGAUGAAGAUACAUCGCAGCCGCUCGAGGAGUUUCGGCCAAAGUUUGAGGGUGAUGGCUGGGAGAUGAUGCUGCGACAUCCGAACAAGAAGAAAAUCACGGGCAACCGUUACUGGAAGAAGGUGUUCGUGCGCAUGACUGAGCAGAACAUUCUCUACUUGCACAACAGCAGGGAGGAUGCUGACCCUUUCCAAGAGGUUCCGCUCCAGGCUUGCUACUCCCUGUCCGAGAUGGGUGCCCAGCAGUUUGACGCCUAUGGCAAGAUCUUCACGGUGAAACUGCAGUACGUGUUCUACAAGGAGCGGAUGGGUGUGCGUCCAGGCCAGAUCCAUAAGGUGAUGCAGGGCCAGAUCACGAGUGUUGGCCAGUUUGCCAAGCUGGGCCUGCCUCUGGAGCACGCACCCCAGGUCUCGCAGCUGCUCAAACUGGGCACCCAGAGCUGCGAGGACCUCAAGAGCUUCUGCCAGGUCGUGGAGGAUGCCUUGUUCCGGCUACAGAUCCAUCGAGACCGAGCACUUACCUACAAGACAGAAGAGAUCCAGGUGACUGUGCAGGACGAGUUUAUUGUCGAGCAGGACAAGACGGGACAUGUGUGGAAACAGAAGGCCCGUGUGCGCGUCUUCUUCCUUGCAUUUGUUACUGGGAUGCCAGACAUCGAGGUGGGCAUCAACGACCUGACCCGCCAGGGCAAGGAAGUCGUGGGCCGCUACGACAUCAUGCCUGUUGUCACUGAGGAGUGGAUCCGCCUGGAAAAUUGCGAGUUCCACUCGUGCGUCCUCCAGGACGAGUUUGAGAACAACCGCAUCAUCAAGUUGCACCCUCCCGAUGCCUGCCUGUUUGAAUUGAUGCGGUUUCGGAUUCGGCCACCGAAAGCGCGGGAACUACCGUUGCAGCUGAAGGUUGUGAUGCGGGUGUCGCCGAGGCACGUGGAGCUCCGUGCAGAUGUCCUAGUGCCUGGCUACCACAGCCGCAAGCACGGCCAGGUGCCCUGUGAGGAUGUCCAGAUCCGAUUCCCCAUUCCAGAGUGCUGGGUCUACCUGUUCAGGGUCGAGAAGCACUGAUACGGGGCCCUCAAGUCGGCUGCAAGGAGGCCCGGAAAGAUAAAGGGUUUGGAACGAAUCAUGGGCACAGCCCAGCCAUUGGAGACUAGCCUUAUAGAAGUUUCAACAGGGCAGGCCAAAUACGAGCAUGCCCACAAGGCAGUAGUAUGGCGGAUUCCUCGGUUGCCCAAAGAGGGUCAAGGUGCCUACACGACUCAACUGUUCCUGCUAAGGCUGGACCUGACCUCUUUCGAUCAGAUCCCCGCCUCAUUCGAGCAAUACGUCUUUGUCGAGUUCACCAUGCCGGCAACCAGUGUGUCGCACACCACGGUGCGGUCCAUCUCCGUGUCCAACGAGAAUCCCCCAGAGAAGUACGUCCGCUACUUGUCCAAGCACGAGUACCGGGUGGAAUUGGAGCUGCAGACGGGUGAAGUGCCCCCCUCGGAGACUGAAAUCUCUAGUCUGGCCGCCGUAGCUCAGCAGGCUGCCCCGUACGAGCCGCCAGCAAGUGCUACUGCUGCUGCCGCCGCUGCUGCCACAAGUGAUGACUCGGACUGAGUGUGCCACAGUGCUGCGCACGUGUUGCUGCUCCCUCGGCUGCCCCUCGCAUGGGGCGCAGUGCCCUUAUCUAGUCAGCAUGUAUGUCAGGUGUUCAGUCUUCUGUGCUAUGCACACAAUGAUGUGUUCCUGUUGAAAGAGAGUUUUAAGAUCCCGUUUUUUCUUGUGCAUGUAUUAUUGACACUUGUUUUUUGGAGUUUUUUGUUGACUCUGUACACUACUACCAUGGGCUGUCAACUCUGUGAUCGCUUAGCAACAUCUGCCGUUGCGUUCCUCCACGUGGUUGAGAAAAUAGGCAACUGCAAUGGCCGUAGUUCGUCUGUGUGCUGCCGACCCGCUGUGGGUGGGCCGUGCAAGCACGCAACCGAGCUUCUUUUGCUGCCUGGGGAAGGGAGAAAAAGGCUUCCCACUUGCGUUGCUGUUGACCACGUUGGCUGCGCGGGUGAAGCUAGAACACCUAAUUGCCUGUCGGGCUGAAGCCCGGUAGAAGGUCUCGGUGUUUGUUGUAGCGGUGUGCGCUCUCUGCAAAUAAAAAUGUCUCGACAGUGGCAGCUGGCGAUGGAGCGACCAAGUCAUUCGUUGCACGACUGUGUGUAUCCGUGGGCCGGGAGGUUCUGUGCACAAGGUGUGUCUGUAUGGGCACCAAUCAUUACCGAAGGAAAAUAAAGACAAAACACUUAAGCACA